UUCCGGGCCGAGCGUCCGCACGCGGAGCCGCCGAGCCGAGCGCGGAGUGAGGGCAGCGCCCCUCUCCCCGCCCCCGGCGCCGCCAUGGAGGAGCCCGGCGUGGAGGCGCUGCUGGCGCGGGCGGCGCGGGACGAGGAGGAGACGCGGCGGCGCCUGGAGGUGCACAAGGAGCUGGAGCUGGAGUUCGACCUGGGGAACCUGCUGGCGGUGGACCGCAACCCCCCGACGGCGCUGCGCGCGGCCGGGCCCGGGCCGGCGGGCGAGGCGGCGCUGCGGGCGCUGGCGCGGGACAACGCGCAGCUGCUGGUGAACCGGCUGUGGGCGCUGCCGGCGGCGGGCGCGGGCGCGGGCGAGGCGGCGCUGGCCCGGCUGCCGGAGCCCGCCACGCGCCUGCCCCGCGCGAAGCCCGCGCCGCGCCCGCGCCCGCUCACGCGCUGGCAGCAGUUCGCGCGCCUCAAGGGCAUCCGCCCGCGCAAGCGGGGCAGCCUGGCGUGGGACGAGGCGAGCGGCGAGUGGCGGCGGCGCUGGGGCUACCGGCGCGCGCGCGACGACUCCCGCGAGUGGCUGCUCGAGGUGCCCGCCGGCGCCGACCCGCUCGAGGACCAGUUCGCCCGGCGCCGCGCCGCCAAGCGGGAGCGCGUGGCCCGCAACGAGCUGAACCGCCUGCGCAACCUGGCGCGCGCGCACGGGCGGCCGCCGCCCCCCGGCGCCGCGGGCCUGCGCCCCGCCGGCCACCAGAGCCGCGCCGAGCUGGGCCGCGCCCUGCGCGUGGCCCGGGCCUCCACCGCCUCGGCCGGCCGCUUCCAGCCGCGCCUGCCCCGCGAGCCGCCCGCCCCGCCCGGCCCCGGCCCCGGGCGCAAGCGCCGCUUCCGGCCCGUGCUCGGGGACUUCGCCGCCGAGAAGCGGGGCCAGCUGGAGCUGCUGCGCGUCCUGGGCAGCAAGAAGCCCGCGCUGGACGUGACCCGGGCCGUCCACAAGCAGAUGCGGGAGGAGGACCAGGAGGAGGCCGCCAAGAGGAGGAGCAGCGGCCGCCGCCAGGGCCAGAGGAGAGGGGGCCGGCCGCGGCCCGGGGGCAAGGGCCAGGGCCAGGGCGGCCCCCCCGGCCCGGGAGGCAAGAAGAAAGGGGGACCCGGGGGCAAGACGCAUGCCCGGCCGCCCGGCGCGGGUGGCAAGAGGAAAGGCGGCGGGCAGCGCCCCGGAGGGAAGAGGCGCAAGUGACGACCCCAUUCGCACGCCCUGUAGCGGGGAGUCGGAGGCCGGGGCCCCCAACGUGCACCCCACCACCGAGACGAGACUUGGGUUGACUUUGGUCGGGCGUAUCAGAACCUGUGGAUGGGGGAAACCUUGGUGGGGACCGGGAAUUCUACAGCCAUCUUUACCUUUUUGGGGUACGGGGUGAGAGCGGGUCCUUAUUUUUAACAGUAAACUUUUCAUGAAAGCUUAA